AUCUUCGUCAGCUUAUUCGUUUGCAGACUAGAAAAAUGGCGAACAGCCAUCAAAAUACUGAUUCAAAAUACACAUCUUUCACUGGACACCGCAAAUGGGUGCGCGCAGCAAAAUUCAGCCCUAAUGGCGAAUGUGUGCGAACGUUCACCGUGGGAAGAGGUAUGGGACGACAGCUGGCAUGGCAUCCAGACGUUGCUCGUUUGGAAAUCUAAUUUGCAUACAUUUGAUGCCAAUAGCUCUCGCAACAAACAAGCCAGUUCUCAAAGAGUCCAAAUUGAUUUUAGUCAUGCAACAGCUCCACAUAACUCCGCCAUAGACACACCAGUUGCUGCAGUACCAAAAAGCUGUGAUGACAGUAUUUUAAUUGAUCCACGACAAUCGGUGGCAUAUGAAA